GCGUGGUCGAAACGGAUUGGCUUAUUUUAACAGUACUGGGAAUUCCCUCUGUAGAUCUCUAGCUGCCGGGUGGAAGUGCUGGCAAUAAUAUUAUAAGAAUUUCCAUCAAAUUCUAGCCAACUCGUACAGGAGUUGCAAGGAAAAUGAAGAAGACAUUAUUAAUAAUAGGAAUACUAGGAUUUAUCUGUGUUUCUGCUGUACGGGCAGAAGAUGACGCAGCUAAGGUUACAGAUGACAUCGGCAAAAGUCGUGAUGGUUCAAGAACAGACGAUGAAGUUGUACAAAGGGAAGAAGAAGCAAUCAAGCUAGAUGGUCUGAACGUGGCACAAAUGAAGGAAUUGAGAGACAAGGCUGAGAAACAUGUAUUCCAGGCCGAGGUCGAUCGUAUGAUGAAACUUAUCAUCAACUCUCUCUACAAAAACAAAGAGAUUUUCUUGAGAGAAUUGAUCUCUAAUGCUUCAGAUGCCCUGGACAAGAUUCGAUUUUUGUCUCUGACUGACAAGAGUGCGUUAGCUGCCACAGAAGAAUUAAGUAUUAAAAUUAAGGCAGAUAAAGAUAAUCAUAUUCUACAUGUUACUGACACGGGUAUCGGCAUGACUAAGCAGGAUCUUGUUAAUAACCUGGGAACCAUUGCCAAGUCUGGAACCAGCGAGUUUUUGACAAAGCUUGGUGAAAGUGAAUCUCAGACUGAAAUGACAGAUCUCAUUGGACAGUUUGGUGUCGGAUUUUACUCUUCAUUUUUGGUUGCUGACCGUGUGAUUGUGACAUCUAAAAACAACGAUGAUGAACAGCACAUCUGGGAGUCAGACUCCAACGAGUUCAGUGUCAGCAAAGAUCCACGUGGAAACACUCUUGGUCGUGGAACAACCAUCAGUUUACACUUGAAGGAGGAGGCCCAUGAUUUCUUGGAAGAGAACACCUUGAAGAACCUUGUAACUAAAUACAGCCAGUUUAUCACCUUCAACAUCUAUCUCUGGGAGAGCACUACAUCAGAAGUUGAGGAACCAAUUGAUGAGGAGGAAGAAACUAAAGAAGAAAAGACGGAGGAUGAAGACGAAGAUGCUGAUGUUGAAGAGGAGAAGGAGGAAGACAAACCAAAGACCAAGAAGGUCUCUAAAACCAUCUGGGACUGGGUCCUUGUCAAUGAUGUUAAACCAAUCUGGACUAGAAAACCAUCUGAGGUAGAGGAUGAGGAAUACAAUGCAUUCUAUAAAUCCGUCUCUCACAAAUCCGAGGAACCUAUGGCUAAAAUCCACUUUACCGCUGAGGGAGAAGUUACAUUUAAAUCCAUCUUGUUUGUCCCUAAAUCCAGUCCAAAUGAUAUGUUCCAGAAUUAUGGGAAAAAAAUGGAAGGAAUUAAGAUGUAUGUGAGAAGAGUUUUCAUCACAGAAGAUUUCGAAGAUAUGAUGCCGAAAUACCUGUCAUUUGUAACUGGUGUCGUCGACUCUGAUGAUCUACCACUGAACGUAUCUAGAGAGACACUUCAACAACAUAAACUUCUCAAGGUCAUCAAGAAAAAGCUUGUCAGGAAAACAUUGGAUAUGAUUAAAAAGAUUGAUAAAGAAGAAUAUGAUAAAUUCUGGAAAGAAUAUAGCACAAACAUUAAACUUGGAGUUAUUGAGGACCAUUCAAACCGAACUCGUCUCGCAAAAUUGUUGAAAUUUUAUUCUUCAAACUCUGAUACUGAGCAAACAUCAUUAACAGACUAUAUGGAGAGAAUGAAGGAAAAACAAGAAAAUAUCUUCUUCAUGGCUGGAACAAACAGACAAGAGGUCGAGAAAUCUCCAUUUGUUGAGAGUCUUUUGAAAAAAGGAUACGAAGUUCUGUAUCUUAUCGAACCAGUCGAUGAAUACUGUAUCCAAUCACUACCAGAAUUCGAAGGCAAGAAAUUCCAGAAUGUCGCCAAAGAAGGCCUGAAAGUGAACACAUCUGAGAAGGCUAAGGAAUACAAAGAACAACAAGAAAAAGAUUUCGAACCUUUGAUCAAGUGGUUGAAGGAAACUGCUCUCGGAGAUAAGAUUGAGAAGGCCGUUAUUUCAGAAAGAUUGGCCGAGUCACCCUGUGCCUUGGUUGCUAGUCAGUUUGGCUGGUCUGGAAACAUGGAAAGAAUUAUGAAAGCUCAAGCCUAUGCUAAAUCCCAGGACCCAUCUUCACAAUAUUAUGCCUCACAGAAAAAGACUUUAGAAAUCAAUCCAAGACAUCCUUUGAUAAAAGAACUUAAAAAUAAAGUAGAGGCUAACGCAGAAGAUGAAACGGCUAAAGAUCUUGCCGUGGUUAUGUUUGAAACUGCUACUUUACGAUCUGGCUUUACUAUCGGUAAUUCGGCUGACUUUGCAAGUAGAAUAGAGAGAAUGAUGCGUAUAGCUUUGGAUGUUGAUUUAAAUGAAAAGGUUGAAGAAGAGCCUGUAUUUGAGGAUGAUGAGCCCGCUGAUGAAGAUGAUGAUGAUACAGAAGAAGUUGCUGCAGAUGAUGAUGGUGGUGAUGAUUCAGCUGAUACAGAAGACAAGGAAGAAUGUGCGUUUUGUAGGCGCAAGAUUUUAGGUUGGUUCUCUUCUGAUAGUGACGGUGAUGGUAUUCCUGAUGACAAAGACAAUGAUGAUGAUAAUGAUGGAAUUCCUGAUGAUUUAGAUAAUGACGAUGACAAUGAUGGUGUUAUAGAUGACGAAGAUUCUGAAAAGGAUAUUGAAAGUGAGCCUGAUCUUGAUCACAUAGCCCAGAGCUAUUUAGAAGAUGGAACACCAACACAUCUAAGACAAUAUUGUCUUAAAAAGAUGAAAUUAAAAGAAGAUGAUCCAAGAUGUAAUCAAUAUUUUUCUUCUCCUGAAAGAAAUUGGGAUGAUCUUGAUGCUGAUCUAGACCAAGACGGUGUUCCUGACCACUUAGAUGAAGACGACGAUAAUGAUGGAAUUAAAGAUAUUGAUGAAAGAGACAGUGAUGGAGACGGUUUCUCUGAUGAUGAAGACAUUGACGAUGAUAAUGAUGGUAUACCGGAUCAUUUAGACAAAGACGACGACAAUGACGGAAUAGAUGACGAUAAGGAACUUGAUAGUGAUGGAGACGGAAUUCCAGAUGACCAAGAUGAUGACGAUGAUAAUGAUGGUAUUCCAGAUCAUUUGGACAAAGACGAUGAUAAUGACGGAAUUGAUGACGACCAAGAACUAGACAGUGAUGGAGAUGGUGUACCCGAUUACAAAGAUAAUGAUGAUGAUAAUGAUGGUAUUCCUGAUCAUUUAGACAAAGACGAUGAUAAUGACGGAAUUGAUGAUGACAAGGAACUUGAUAGUGAUGGAGACGGAAUUCCAGAUGACCAAGAUGAUGACGAUGAUAAUGAUGGUAUUCCGGAUCAUUUAGACAAAGACGAUGAUAAUGACGGAAUUGAUGACGACAAGGAACUAGACAGUGACGGAGACGGUAUUCCCGAUGACCAAGAUGAUGACGAUGAUAAUGAUGGUAUUCCGGAUAAUUUAGACAAAGACGAUGAUAAUGACGGAAUUGAUGAUGACAAAGAACUUGACAGCGAUGGAGACGGAAUUCCAGAUGACCAAGAUGAUGACGAUGAUAAUGAUGGUAUUCCGGAUCAUUUAGACAAAGACGAUGAUAAUGACGGAAUUGAUGACGACAAGGAACUUGACAGUGAUGGAGAUGGUAUUCCUGAUUAUAAAGAUAAUGAUGAUGAUAAUGAUGGUAUUCCCGAUCAUUUGGACAAAGACGAUGAUAAUGACGGAAUUGACGAUGACAAAGAACUUGAUAGUGAUGGAGACGGAAUUCCAGAUGACCAAGAUGAUGACGAUGAUAAUGAUGGUAUUCCGGAUAAUUUAGACAAAGACGAUGAUAAUGACGGAAUUGAUGACGACAAGGAACUAGACAGUGACGGAGACGGUAUUCCCGAUGACCAAGAUGAUGACGAUGAUAAUGAUGGUAUUCCAGAUAAUUUAGACAAAGACGAUGAUAAUGACGGAAUUGAUGAUGACAAGGAACUAGAUAGUGAUGGAGACGGCAUUCCAGAUGACCAAGAUGAUGACGAUGAUAAUGAUGGUAUUCCGGAUCAUUUAGACAAAGACGAUGAUAAUGACGGAAUUGAUGACGACAAGGAACUAGACAGUGACGGAGACGGUAUUCCCGAUGACCAAGAUGAUGACGAUGAUAAUGAUGGUAUUCCAGAUCAUUUAGACAAAGACGAUGAUAAUGACGGAAUUGAUGAUGACAAGGAACUAGAUAGUGAUGGAGACGGCAUUCCAGAUGACCAAGACGAUGACGAUGAUAAUGAUGGUAUUCCAGAUCAUUUAGACAAAGACGAUGAUAAUGAUGGAAUUGAUGACGACCAAGAACUUGACAGUGAUGGAGAUGGUAUUCCUGAUUAUAAAGAUAAUGAUGAUGAUAAUGAUGGUAUUCCAGAUCAUUUGGACAAAGACGAUGAUAAUGACGGAAUUGACGAUGACAAAGAACUUGACGGUGAUGGAGACGGAAUUCCAGAUGACCAAGAUGAUGACGAUGACAAUGAUGGUAUUCCCGAUCAUUUGGACAAAGACGAUGAUAAUGACGGAAUUGAUGACGAUAAGGAACUAGACAGUGACGGAGACGGAAUUCCAGAUGACCAAGAUGAUGACGAUGAUAAUGAUGGUAUUCCAGAUCAUUUAGACAAAGACGAUGAUAAUGACGGAAUUGAUGAUGACAAAGAACUUGAUAGUGAUGGAGACGGAAUUCCAGAUGACCAAGAUGAUGACGAUGAUAAUGAUGGUAUUCCAGAUCAUUUAGACAAAGACGAUGAUAAUGACGGAAUUGACGAUGACAAAGAACUUGACAGUGAUGGAGACGGAAUUCCAGAUGACCAAGAUGAUGACGAUGAUAAUGAUGGUAUUCCGGACCAUUUAGACAAAGACGAUGAUAAUGACGGAAUUGAUGACGACAAGGAACUAGACAGUGAUGGAGAUGGUGUGCCCGAUUAUAAAGACAAUGCCGAUGAUAAUGAUGGUAUUCCGGAUAAUUUAGACAAAGACGAUGAUAAUGACGGAAUUGAUGAUGACAAGGAACUUGAUAGUGAUGGAGACGGAAUUCCAGAUGACCAAGACGAUGACGACGAUAAUGAUGGUAUUCCAGAUCAUUUAGACAAAGACGAUGAUAAUGACGGAAUUGAUGAUGACAAGGAACUAGAUAGUGAUGGAGACGGCAUUCCAGAUGACCAAGACGAUGACGACGAUAAUGAUGGUAUUCCAGAUCAUUUAGACAAAGACGAUGAUAAUGAUGGAAUUGAUGACGACCAAGAAUUUGACAGUGAUGGUGAUGGUAUUCCUGAUUAUAAAGAUAAUGAUGAUGAUAAUGAUGGUAUUCCCGAUCAUUUGGACAAAGACGAUGAUAAUGACGGAAUUGACGAUGACAAAGAACUUGACAGUGAUGGAGACGGAAUUCCAGAUGACCAAGAUGAUGACGAUGAUAAUGAUGGUAUUCCCGAUCAUUUAGACAAAGACGAUGAUAAUGACGGAAUUGAUGACGACAAGGAACUAGACAGUGACGGAGACGGAAUUCCAGAUGAUCAAGAUGAUGACGAUGAUAAUGAUGGUAUUCCCGAUCAUUUGGACAAAGACGAUGAUAAUGACGGAAUUGAUGACGACAAGGAACUAGACAGUGACGGAGACGGAAUUCCAGAUGACCUAGAUGAUGACGAUGAUAAUGAUGGUAUUCCAGAUCAUUUAGACAAAGACGAUGAUAAUGACGGAAUUGAUGAUGACAAAGAACUUGAUAGUGAUGGAGACGGAAUUCCAGAUGACCAAGAUGAUGACGAUGAUAAUGAUGGUAUUCCAGAUCACUUAGACAAAGACGAUGAUAAUGACGGAAUUGACGAUGACAAAGAACUUGACAGUGAUGGAGACGGAAUUCCAGAUGACCAAGAUGAUGACGAUGAUAAUGAUGGUAUUCCGGACCAUUUAGACAAAGACGAUGAUAAUGACGGAAUUGAUGACGACAAGGAACUAGACAGUGAUGGAGAUGGUGUGCCCGAUUACAAAGACAAUGACGAUGAUAAUGAUGGUAUUCCGGAUAAUUUAGACAAAGACGAUGAUAAUGACGGAAUUGAUGACGACAAGGAACUAGACAGUGAUGGAGACGGAAUUCCCGAUUAUAAAGACAAUGACGAUGAUAAUGAUGGUAUCCCGGAUAAUUUAGACAAAGACGAUGAUAGUGACGGAAUUGAUGAUGACCAGGAACUAGACAGUGAUGGAGAUGGGGUUCCCGAUUAUAAAGACAAUGACGAUGAUAAUGAUGGUAUUCCGGAUAAUUUAGACAAAGACGACGAUAAUGACGGAAUUGAUGACGACCAAGAACUAGACAGUGAUGGAGAUGGUAUUCCUGAUUACAAAGACAAUGACGAUGAUAAUGAUGGUAUUCCGGAUAAUUUAGACAAAGACGAUGAUAAUGACGGAAUUGAUGACGACCAAGAACUAGACAGUGAUGGAGAUGGUAUUCCCGAUUACAAAGAUAAUGACGAUGAUAAUGAUGGUAUUCCCGAUCAUUUAGACAAAGACGAUGAUAAUGACGGCACACCUGAUAUCUUAGAGAAGGACACUGACGGAGAUGGUUAUCCCGAUUAUCGAGAUAACGAUGAUGAUAACGACGGAAUACCUGAUCAUUUAGACGAUGACGAUGAUAAUGACGGGACCGAAGACUCUGAAGAUCACGACAUUGAUGGGGACGGUAUAAAUGAUGACAACAACAAUAACGACGAUAACUAUGAUGCACCCGAUGUUAAAGAGAGUGCUUACAAAUGGAGGAAAAGGCCAGAUGAGUUAUAAACAGGAGCUUAGAUCAUCUAUAACAAAUUUAUUUUUAUAAUGAACGAAGCCAUUCCAGAAUAGUUUUGACUAUUAUACAAUAUCAAUAUGUUGGAAUAAUCAGUUAAUAACCUAAACAAUCGAGGAAAUACACCAUGAAAGGCGGUUGUCAAUGAACCAUUUACAUUUAUGAAUUACUUCUUUUGUCACAACACAAAAUAUAAUGAAGGUGCCAAAUUCUUUAGCCAUUUUCAAUAUUGCUUGUAAGGGGAAUAUUUUUGCCACUCAAAGUGGAAAAUCGUUUGUUUCGUGUUUGAUUUUACAUUGUUCUUGAUUGAUUUUAAUUGCCAUAAUAAUAAAAAGAAAGAAGUAAACAAAAUCCGGAGCACGUUAAAGAACUUUUGCUUAUAUUGUUGAAACUGUGAGUGAAGUGUCAGUUAAAUUAGCUUUAUCAUGUUUACGUUGUGUUGAAUUUAAACAUACUUUUUCGGACAACGAAAAAACACAUUAUCAUGUAUAAAAGUGUUUUCAUAAAAAAGCGUUACUUUAAUGGAAUUUGUUGUUGAUAAAAAAGUUUCAAUAUUACACAUAUUGAUACUUAGUAUGGAAAUAUUUAGAGAAUUAUUAUUCAUUAAACUAUUCAGAUAUUAAAGUACGCGAUAUAUAUUUACCAUAAGUGACAAAGUUCUGUACAAGAGAUCUUCGUUUUAACAGCGUGUGUAUAUGUGACUGUCAUUAUUCGAUUAUUUCUAAUUGUUUAAAAAAAAUGUUGUGUGUUAAAUUAACCUCUCAAUUCAACCUGUGUUAAUGAAAACCUCCGGUUAAUUCGCCCUGCUUUAAAUUAGAAAAUAUUAAGGGAUUUUAAUUUCAGCAUGCAAAAAAGAGUCUAGCAGCAGUAUAGAGUCUGGACAGACUGCACCGAUGUGUAGGCUAGACUGGGUCUAUAUGUGCAAUCACUUGAAGGAAUCCGGCACGUUAAAAGCAAACAACUUUAUAAAUUAUACUGAGUUUUCGUUUAUCUAAUACAAAUGUAUUUCAUUUAGCACUAUUUUUAGCAUAAACCAUACACGUGUUUGUCAAAAACAAAACGAAUGCCUUCAAACUGUUUUCUCUAGUGCAGAGAAGAUCGGGAUUAAUGUUCUUAUCAAACUUAUUAUAUAUUAUGAGAUUCAUUACGACAUUGUAUAAACGAAGUUAUCAAACUGGUAAAAACUGAUUUCUUUGUUUGUUGAAACAUUUUACAUAGAACGCGCUUAUUUUUGUAGUGUUCUUAAAAGUGGCCAAAAGUUUCGUUUUUGUAGAUGCAAUGGCGUAUUUGUACCUUAUAAAUGUGUUAAUAUUUUCACUUUAAUAUUAUGUUUUAUCUUUCCAUGUUUUAUUAUACCAUAAUAAAAGUGAAAAUUA